CAUGUUUUAGAAAUAGGUCAUAUUAAAACAAACUACAUCUCUGUGAGUGCACCCCUCGGCGCACUGUUGCCAUGUUCCCAGUUUCCUCAUGGGUGUGGUGAUUAGAUUGGCUGGUGAACAUUCUGUCAAAUCCUGACCGAGUUGCGCGAGCCCCUGGCCCUUUAAAUCAGUUAAAUUGUCUUAAAAUUAAUACCGCUAUCUUGACAUUUCUUUCACAACCGAGACCAUGUUUGCCAUUUGAAAACGGACUAUCGUAACACUGAUUGGAACGACGUGGACAGUCCCAAAAAAAUCCAGUUUCAGGUAUCAACUCGUCUGUGUGUGUUUUUUUUAUUUUUUACAAACCCAGUAUUCCUGAACACAUCACAGAGGGACAAUGAGUGAGCUGGAACAGUUACGGCAGGAAGCAGAGCAACUACGCAAUCAAAUCCGGGAUGCUAGGAAAGCCUGUAGUGACUCCACUCUUUCACAGAUCACAGCUGGUCUGGACUCAGUGGGCCGGAUACAGAUGAGGACGCGGCGUACUCUCAGGGGCCACCUCGCCAAGAUCUAUGCAAUGCACUGGGGCACCGACUCCAGGUUACUUGUAAGCGCCUCCCAAGAUGGCAAAUUAAUCAUUUGGGACAGUUACACAACUAACAAGAUGCAUGCCAUCCCGCUGCGCUCCUCCUGGGUGAUGACCUGUGCCUACGCGCCCUCUGGGAACUACGUGGCGUGCGGAGGCCUGGACAACAUCUGUUCUAUCUACAGCCUGAAGACCCGCGAGGGAAACGUGCGCGUCACCCGCGAGCUACCCGGACACACAGGCUAUUUGUCUUGCUGUCGUUUCCUGGAUGACAACCAGAUUGUCACUAGUUCAGGGGACACAACCUGUGCUUUAUGGGACAUCGAGACGGGUCAGAUGGCCACCAGCUUUACGGGCCACACGGGGGACGUGAUGAGCCUGUCCCUUAGUCCCGACUUCAAGACCUUUGUGUCGGGGGCCUGUGACGCCUCCUCCAAGCUGUGGGAUGUCCGGGACGGCAUGUGCAGGCAGUCCUUCACUGGCCACGUGUCCGACAUUAACGCUGUCUGCUUCUUCCCCAACGGCAACGCCUUUACCACGGGCUCGGACGACGCCACCUGCCGCCUGUUUGACCUGCGCGCCGACCAAGAGCUGAUGAUGUACUCGCACGACAACAUAAUCUGCGGCAUCACCUCAGUGGCCUUCUCCAAGAGUGGUCGUCUGCUGCUGGCCGGCUACGACGACUUCAACUGCAACGUGUGGGACACCCUCAAGGCAGAGCGUGCAGGUGUCCUGGCCGGUCACGACAACAGGGUGAGCUGUUUAGGCGUGACAGACGACGGCAUGGCUGUAGCCACGGGCUCAUGGGACAGUUUCCUCAGAAUCUGGAAUUAAACCCUCCAGCUCACGUCCUCCUCUCUCCCCCCUCCACCAUUCCACCCACUCAUACUGCUGGGCUUGGACUUGAGGGUGAACACUGUCUCCCAUCACCAACGUCCCGUCCACCACCAUCCACAGCCAGAGUAACAACUCUUUCUACAUUUUUUUUUUUUACUCACUUAUUAAUUACACAGAGCUCUCAGUACCCACAGUUAGAAUGACCAAUCAAAGAAAAAUGAAAAAGAAAAAAAAACAACCUCGCAUCCCCCUCUUGUUUUUGGACAGGUGAAGCACUAGAGCGCAUGUUACCGUGGUUACCGCCAAAUUAGAGGACAGUCCC